AUGCUGGGCGGGAACUGUGGGGACCCACAGGAGAGGCCACAGGUGACCCAGGACUCGCCCAGGAGCAUGGGACUUGAGGAGCGAGACACAGCUGGGCAGCCAUGCACGGCCCUGCCGCCCACGCCCAACGGCAGUGGGCCAAGCCUGGAGUUUGGAGACCACUGGCCGGAGAUCCCAGAGCGGUCCCCGUGUGUGGCUGGCGUCAUCCCUGUCAUCUACUACAGUGUCCUGCUGGGCCUAGGGCUGCCUGUCAACCUGCUGACCACGGCGGCCCUGGCCCGCCUCGCCACCAGGACCAGGAAGCCAUCCUACUGUUACCUUCUGGCACUCACGGCCUCGGACAUCGUAACGCAGGUGGUCAUCGUGUUCGUGGGCUUCCUCCUGCAGGGGGCCAUGCUGGCCCGCCAGGUGCCCCAGGCUGUGGUGCGCACGGCGAACAUCCUGGAGUUUGCUGCCAACCACGCCUCGGUCUGGAUCGCCGUCCUGCUCACGGUCGACCGCUACAGUGCCCUGUGCCGCCCCUUGCACCAUCGGGCUGCCUCGUCCCCAGGCCGCACCCGCCGGGCCAUUGCCACUGUCCUCAGUGCCGCCCUGCUGACGGGCAUCCCCUUCUACUGGUGGCUGGAUGUGUGGAGGGACGCCGACCCGCCCACCACGCUGGACAAGGUCCUCAAGUGGGCUCACUGCCUCAUCGUCUAUUUCAUCCCUUGUGGUGUGUUCCUGGUCACCAACUCGGCCAUCAUCCACCGGCUACGGAAGAGGUGCCAGAGUGGGCCGCACCCCCGGGUGGGCAAGAGCACAGCCAUCCUCCUGGGUGUCACCACGCUCUUCGCCCUCCUGUGGGCACCCCGGAUCUUCGUCAUGCUCUUCCACAUGUACGUGGCCCCCGUCUACCGGGACUGGAGGGUCCACCUGGCCUUGGACGUGGCCAACAUGGCGGCCAUGCUCAACACGGUGGUCAAUUUUGGCCUCUACUGCUUCGUCAGCAAGACUUUCCGGGCCACUGCCCGACAGGUCAUCCACGAUGCCCACCUGCCCUGCAUGCUGGGGACACGGCCAGAGGGCAUGGUGGUGGAGCCUGUGCAGAAGCCUCUAGGACUCUCCAAAGGAGAACAAUUGUAG